AUGGGGAGGAAGCCUGAUCCGGCGAAGCCACACUACGGCGGCGGCUCCGCCUCGCCGAAGACGGCGAGGAGGGCUCAGCCUUCCCCGGUGUUCCUGGGCACGGCUCUAUUCGUCCUAGGCUUCGUAUCGCUCUUCACCGGGCACAUCGUCACCGACGCCGACUGGUCGCGGAUCCGGAGCCGGUGGCGGUCCAAUCAGGUUCGAAACACUGAACCCAUUGAUAUUUGGAAAUCAAGGUAUUCCAACUUGUACUAUGGAUGCAGCGGGAGGAGCCCAAAAUUAAGAUCUGCUGUGUCGGAGAACAGUUCUACCGGCUACUUGCUGAUUGCUACUAGCGGGGGACUGAACCAACAACGCAUAGGGAUAACAGAUGCUGUUGUUGUUGCCUGGAUUUUGAAUGCCACACUUGUUGUGCCCGAGUUAGACCACCGCUCAUUCUGGAAGGAUGACAGCGAAUUCUCCGAUAUUUUUGACACGGACUGGUUCAUAUCGUACCUAUCAAAGGAUGUAACUGUUGUUAAAAGGAUCCCUUAUGAAGUUAUGAUAUCGAUGGAUAAACUUCCAUGGACUAUGCGGGCACCUAGAAAAUCCAUGCCUGAGUUUUACAUUGAUGAAGUUUUGCCUAUUCUGAUGCGAAGGAGAGCUUUGCAGCUCACGAAGUUUGAUUAUCGGCUCACGAAUGAUCUUGAUGAAGAAUUGCAGAAGUUACGGUGUCGAGUAAACUUUCAUGCAUUAAGAUUCAAAAGGCCCAUACAAACUCUGGGUAAAAAAUUGGUGCGAAGGUUGAGAGUCAUGAGCUCACGAUAUGUCGCCAUUCACUUGAGGUUUGAACCUGACAUGCUUGCAUUUUCUGGCUGUUACUAUGGUGGUGGUGAAAAAGAAAGAAAGGAACUUGCUGAAAUUAGGAAACGGUGGGAUACAUUACCUCAGGACUUGAGUGCUGAGGAUGAGCGUACUAGGGGAAAAUGUCCAUUAACUCCUCAUGAAAUUGGUUUAAUGCUGCGAGCUCUUGGUUUUGGCAAUGAAACUUACCUGUAUGUUGCUUCUGGAGAAAUAUAUGGCGGGGAAGAAACUCUCCGGCCUCUGCGCGAACUCUUUCCAAACUUCUACACCAAGGAGUUGCUUGCUGGGGAUGAUCUGAAACCAUUCCUUCCUUUUUCUUCACGAUUGGCUGCUGUUGACUUCAUUGUAUGUGAUGAGAGUGAUGUUUUUGUUACCAAUAAUAACGGAAACAUGGCCAAGGUGUUAGCUGGGCGCAGGCGAUACAUGGGCCAUAAGAGAACUAUUCGCCCAAACACAAGAAAGCUCAAUGUAUUAUUUCAGACACGGAAUCAAACGGGUUGGGAUACAUUUUCACGGAAGGUAAAGAAAAUCCAGCGGGGCCUUAUGGGGGAACCAGAUGAUCCCAGACAUGGACGAGAUGAUUUCCAUGAAAUGCCAUCAUCUUGUAUCUGCCAAAGAGUGCCAGUGAACAGAUCGGCAACGAUACAAACUCGAAACUUGUUAUCUCAAUUGAGAUAG